AUGGACUUCAUCGGGCAGAUUUAUCCAGUAUCUAGCAAAGGGCACACUUUCAUAAUUGUAGCAACGAAUUACUUCACCAAAUGGGUAGAAGCCUCGGCCGUAAAAUCCAUAACCUCAGCUACAGUCAAGAAUUUCAUUAAGACCAAGAUUCUGUACAGAUUUGGUGUGCCCGAAACCAUAUCAAAUGGCCAGGCAGAAUCCAGCAACAAGAUUUUGGUAAACAUUAUCAAAAGAAUGGUGACAAAUAGUCCAGAAAAGUGGCAUGAAAAGCUGGGAAAUACGCUGUGGGCAUACAGAACUUUUAAGAGGGCAGGAACAGUGACAACUCCUUAUGAUUUAACUUUCAGGCAAGAUGUAGUGCUUCCCAUGGAGAUCAAUGUGAGUUCUGUCAGAAUUCAAAAUCAGUUUGGGUUACACAGUGAAGAGUACAUCGAAGCCAUGUGUCAAGGGAUUGAAGACUUAGAUGUAGCCUGA